AUGCCGAUAUUGAUGCAAAUGACAAUUGAUAAAUUAUGUGAAUCGGCCCAGUUUGAAGUUGGCGGCUACCAAUGGAAAUUGGUACUCCACCCAAAUCAGGAUAGAAAUGGUGAAGAGAAGGGUCACAUCUCUUUGUGCCUGGCAAUUGAAGAUACAGAUGAGCUUUCACAUGGCUGGGAGGUUAACACGUACAUAAAAUUCUCUGUCUUUGAUCAAAUCAGAGACAAGUACUUGUGUAUCCAAGCACGUACUUAUUUCACAUGGAGGAUUAACAAACUUUCAGUUUCAGCCCUGAAAGAUGAGGAAUUACACUACUCCGAUCAGUUCGUUCUUGGGGGGCAUAAAUGGUUCAAAGGGGGAGGUUCCCACUUUGGAACCAGAUUGCUAGAUGUUACAGUAGUAGUGGCCUUCUUUGAGUGA